AUGUAAUGGUAUUAUUUGCGCUCAACUCAAUGGUGUUUUGCUUGUCUUGUGUUCCAGACAGUACAGGCCCAAACGCAACGUGACAUUUGUGGACAACGGGGAGAAGGUCUCAGCUUAUACAGUCAAGAGUUUCGUCUUUUUGCAUGAGAAAUCAGUUGGAGACCCGAAAGUGGAUAUGGUGACGACGGUGAACAUCCCGGCCGUGGCUGUGAUGAAUCGGCUCAAAAGCAUGGGUUUCUGGGUUUCCUCUGGUGUCUCUAUGUACAUGGGCUCCAUCGGCACGACUCUGUUCAUGACGCACACCGUGGAGGAGAUGCUCUGGGGCUUCAAGGACCCGCUGCUCACUCGACUGAAAACCAUAAAGCCGGACACAGACGAGUACUUCGGCCUCAUGCGGAAUAAAAACGGCAGUGAUGACGGUGAGUUCGUGUAUCACACCGGAAAGCAGAACUACCUGGACUUCGGACGCAUUUACACCUGGAAGGGAGAGAAGAUGCUGUCCUUGUGGAAAACCAACCAGAGUAACAUGAUCAACGGCAGCGACGGCAGCGGCUUCCACCCGUUCCUGAGCAAAGAAGAGCGGCUCAACGUCUUCACCCCUGACCUCUGCAGGUCCAUCCACAUGCGCUUCGAGAAGGAGGUGGAGGUGAAGGGCAUCCCAGCGUACCGCUUCACGCCGCCCCGAGCCGUGCUGGCCAGCGGCAAGAACAACCCAGAGAACGAGGGAUUCUGCCUGACGCCAAAGAACUGCCUAGACGACGGCGUGCUGGAUGUGUCUGUGUGUCGGAACGGUGCUCCUGUCGUCGUGUCGUUCCCUCACUUUCAUCUGGGUGCUGAGAGGUACGCCAAAGCCAUCGAUGGCAUUUCUCCAGUGCACGAGCGUCACCAGACCUUUCUGGAUCUGAACCCUACUAUGGGAGUGCCUGUUCGUGCCAUGAAACGAGCCCAGAUCAACAUUCAUCUCCAGAGAGUGAUCGGCUUUCCUUUGACCAGGAAUCUCAACGGCACCAUCUUCCCCAUUUUGUUUCUGAAUGAGUCGGUGGUGAUUGACGACGCUUCGGCCGCAAGGAUUCAGAAGCUGCUGCUGAUCGUGACUCUGGUCUCUCAUUUCCCGCUCGUCCUCGGGGCUCUGGGAGUCAUUCUGCUGCUCGUCUGUAUCAUCCUUGUCAUCCGCUUCUAUCAGAACAAGACUGAAGUGAAGCGCUUUGAUUUCGCUGAGGCUUUCCGCUGCUCUCCUCCGUCUGCGAAGAAAGACACGUCAUACGCUCCUGUGAGCGCCAAAGUGGACGAUCAAGACGAGAAAAAUGGCACUUAUAUCGGCAUGACGUCUGUGGACAAGUCUUAAACAGCUGUGUGUGUGUGUGUGUGUGUGUCUCAGAUGCUGUCACUCUCAGUAGAGCGGUGUGUGUGUCAGUCGUCUUGAUUCACACACUGACUCCUCCUCAGGACUGACGCCGUGAGCAAACGAGCGUCUGGAUGAAGGACUGAAGAACACACACACUUCAGGCUCAUUCAGCAUCUGUUUCAUAUUUAAACACUUUGAGCGAUUUUAAAGCUGCUGUCAGUGAUUUUUUAGGAGUAUCGCACAUCAAAUGUUGAGAAAUCACAUCACGCUCAAUUCUGACUCAAGUGACACCCGCAUCCCUCGCUGUCUGUCUGAUUACUCGGUACUUAGUGAAAUCACGAAAAUUUGGCUAACAUUGUUUUAACAUAAACUAAUAAACAUAAUGUGAUGCAUAUUAGUCAGUCAUACAUAAUGAGGUCAGAUUUCUAAAUGCAAGAAAGAAAGAAAAAAAAAAAAUCAACUAUUUGCAUUUAUUUGAUUUUAUUUAAAUAAUUUUUUCGAAAUACAUUUAUACAUAUGGCUUAGAAUCAUCAUAAAUCAGUUAAUUGUGAAAACAAUUACAUUUGUUCAGUUCAAAUAUAUGAACAUAGUUCAGAUAUGACUAUAGAUGUGGAACAAGCAAUAUUCAAAUGCAUGAGAUUUACAGAAGUUGGAUGUAUUGAUGUUAAAUAUAUAAAGCUGGUUAUUUGUGUAUUUAGCACACAAUCUGUUUAUUAGUGCUAUUACAGAAAUCUGACUGGCUUUAUUUAUGCAUGACAGACACAUUUGCAUCACAUUAAGUUUUUUAGUUUGGUAAAACUGGGUAAUUCAAAUGUUAAAUGCAAUUCAUAUACACAAAAAAUUAAAUGUAGGCCUUUUUUGAGUGAAGGGGAGUGGCCUGUUUUUUAGCCAAUCAGAAAUCCUGUCAGUCAUUAUGCAUGUUCAGAUUUGCAGACCUCGGUUUGGUGGGUGGGGUUUGAUACAGAGGGUGUGUCUGUCUUAGUAGGUGAAGUUUGGCAUUAAAGGUGUGUUUUUGUGUGUGUGUGUCUUUUAGUGGGUGGAGUUUAAUAGGGGGCUUGUGUCAGUGGGCGGAGUUUGACACAGGGUGUGUCUCAGUGGGUGGAGUUUCUCAUAGAGGGUGUGUGUCUUAGUGGGCGGGGUUUAGCACAGAAGGCGUGUGUGUGUUAGUGGGCGGAGUCAGGGGCGUGUGCGAAUGAAGCUGAAAAACUCCUGAAAUCACUUGCAGCACCUUUAACAAUCAGACACUAUGUUCAGAACUUAUAACCUCUUAAAAGGCCAAACAAAAAACUUUAUAUUUGUGUUACCAAAUGGUCCGUUCACACAGGACGUGUUCCUGCUUUUAAACACCUGGACUGAGAUCAGUGCAACAGAACAGAAG